CGAAAUGAGGUCGAUAAGUUUAGUUUUAACUUAGAAGCGUCAGAAUGCGAGCGUGUUUAGCGUUAGUUCUUGGGGCUGUUCUCGUUUUUGGGGCUGUGGAUGCCCAACGGCUUAGCACAAAUGCGGUUAGCUAUUUUUUUGAGGUAUUGCGUCACGGUGCCGAGGAUGCGCGCAUGGAAUAUCGUGACAAUGAAAUACCGUUGUUGGAUGAGUAUGACUUCAUAAUUGCGGGAGCGGGUACGGCGGGGUGUGCCCUGGCCGGCCGACUUUCGGAGAUAACGUCAUGGAAGAUUUUACUGCUCGAGGCAGGUGGUCCCGAAUAUCUGCCCAUAGAUUUGCCGAUUGUGGCAAAUAUUCUACAGCUGAGUCCGGAUCUUAAUUGGGGCUAUCGUACCCAGCCAUCGGAUAAAUAUUGUCUGGGUUUGAAUGACAAUCGUUGCAAUUUCCCGCGCGGCAAGGUCAUGGGCGGCAGUUCGGUGUUGAAUUACAUGAUGUACACGCGAGGCAAUCGCCGGGAUUAUGACACCUGGGCGGCCAUGGGCAAUGAGGGCUGGAGCUACAAGGAUGUACUGCCAUAUUUCAAGAAAUUGGAGGGCUCCAUCAUACCCGAUGCCGAUGAGGAAUAUGUGGGCCGCAACGGACCCGUACGUGUGUCCUACGCCAAAUGGCACACCCAGCUGAGUGAAGCUUUUGUGGCUGCUGUACAGGAGAAUGGUUAUGAUUAUUUGGACUACAAUGGACGCCGCCAAGUGGGGGUCCAAUAUGCCCAGACCACUACCGAUCAAACCCACCGAUGGAGUUCGAACCGGGCCUAUUUGUAUCCCGUCAAAGGUCAACGUCCAAAUCUGCACAUCAAGAAGUAUGCCCAUGUCACCAAGAUACUCAUCGAUCCGCAAACGAAACGGGCCUAUGGUGUAAAGUUCGAAUCCCAGGGUAAGGUGUAUGAGGUCAGGGCCCGCAAAGAGGUGAUAUCCUCGGCGGGAGCCAUCAACACGCCUCAACUGCUGAUGUUGUCGGGUGUGGGGCCGGCCAAACAUUUACGCCAGGUGGGCAUACAGCCAUUAGCCGAUUUGGCUGUGGGCUUUAAUCUGCAGGAUCACAUUGCCCCACCCGUCAAUGUUGUGGCCAAUGUAAGCAGCAUCAAAUUGCCCGAUCUCUUUGACACCGAGAACUUCCUGGCCCUACAGACCAUGAACAGCUCACUCUCCGUGGCCGGUGGCCUGGAGGUUAUUGCCUUCUAUGACCUCGAUCAUCCCAAUGAUCCAGAUGGCUGGCCAGACAUUGAAUUCAUUGUGGCCGAUUCAUCGUAUCACGAAAAUCCUUUCCUGGCCCGGGCAGCUGGUAUACGCCAGGACAUCUUCGACGAUCUCUAUGCCGAGGCCCAGCGAGAAGAUCUCAAUGUCUUCGCCAUUGUUUCCAUGCAGCUGCAGCCACGCAGCAAGGGUCGCAUCCUGCUGCGCAGCAAAGAUCCCAAAAAAUAUCCCCUCAUCUAUGCCAACUACCUGCACGAUCCCUACGAUCUGGACAUUGUGGUGCGCGGUAUUGAGAAGAUCAUUGAACUGCUCGAUGAACCCUCAAUGCGUCGCGUGAAUGCUACCCUGCUGAACAGCAGCAUAAAACCCUGUCGUAAAUAUGGCCACAUUAGGUCACGACCCUAUCUGGAAUGCUAUGUCCGAUACCUGACCACCACCAUCUACCAUCAAUCGGGUACGGCGAAAAUGGGACCCCGUUCCGAUAAAGAGGCCGUUGUCGACAAUCGUCUGCGCGUGCAUGGCAUUAAGAAUCUACGCGUUGUCGAUGCCAGCAUAAUGCCAAAGCUGGUGGCUGGCCAUCCCAAUGGACCGGUUUAUAUGAUUGCUGAGAAGGCGGCAGAUAUGAUCAAACAAGAUCAUGGGAUGUUGUGAAGAGAUAAAAAGAAGAAGAAGA